CGCCCGCCGCCGUCUGGUGGACCAGCAACGGCUCGACCUCCGCCUCCAGGCAGCCCGGAGCAAGCGGGCGUCCAGCCCUGCUGAGCGCAGCGCCCUCUGGGCGGCCACGCCGCCACGAUGUUGUGCUUCCUAAAGGGAAUGGCCUUCGUCCCCUUCCUCUUGGUGACCUGGUCGUCCGCCGCCUUCAUCAUCUCCUACGUGGUUGCCGUGCUCUCUGGACACGUCAACCCCUUCCUCCCCUACAUCAGUGACACAGGAACAACACCUCCCGAGAGUGGAAUUUUUGGAUUUAUGAUAAACUUCUCUGCUUUUCUUGGUGCAGCUACGAUGUACACAAGAUAUAAAAUAGUAGAGAAGCAAAACCAGACCUGCUAUUUCAGCACUCCUGUUUUUAACUUGGUGUCGCUAGUUCUUGGAUUGGUGGGAUGUAUCGGUAUGGGCAUCGUGGCCAAUUUUCAGGAGUUGGCUGUGCCAGUGGUCCAUGAUGGGGGUGCCCUGUUGGCUUUCGUCUGCGGCGUUGUGUACACGCUCCUGCAAUCCAUCAUCUCUUAUAAGUCAUGCCCCCAGUGGAACAGUGUCUUGACAUGCCACAUUCGGAUGGCCAUCUCUGCUGUUUCCUGUGCAGCUGUCAUCCCCAUGAUUGCCUGUGCUUCACUAAUUUCUAUUACCAAGUUGGAGUGGAAUCCAAAAGAAAAGGAUUAUGUAUAUCAUGUAGUGAGUGCGAUCUGUGAAUGGACCGUGGCCUUUGGUUUUAUUUUCUACUUCCUAACAUUCAUCCAAGAUUUCCAGAGUGUAACCUUAAGGAUAUCCACAGAACUCAAUGGUGACAUUUGAAGAAGGAAGAAUUAGAUUUCAUUCAGUGAAUGUCGUAGACAAGUUCUAAAAGUGGUACAGAGGAUACACAGGGUUUUGGUGCCACCCUGACUGAAAUGUAUCUGUGGCACACCCAGGACCUGAAUUUCAUUCAGAAUUCCCAGUAGCUGUACUAUUUCCAAAGGUAUGUUUUCCUAGAGAAUGUAGAGCAUUUAUGAUACUGUAGACGUUUUUAUAAUUUUUCAAAGUAGACACUUUUUUAUAUUAACAUGUUUAUCUAAAAAAAGAGAUAAGAUGUUCCAGCAAAUGGGGAGCUCUUAUUUUUGUAUAGCAUCUGUUGUAUUUUUUCCCUUUGUGUACGAGUGAUUUAUGGAAAUAUGCUAAAUGAACAAUUUAAGUUUUGUACAUUUAUUAAGUGAAAUGGGGGUAUUCAUUUUAAAAUUUUAUAUUUUGAGAAUGAAUUGUAUAAUGUUUUAAUGCGAGAGCAUUUAUAAAAUUCAAUUUAUAAGGACCAUCUAUCCAUAUCACAACAUUUAGAUAAUUAACACUAAGAAACUCUGAUUUUUAGCUAAACUAAGCAACAUGCAGUCUACUAAGAGGCCUUAGCACCAGACACACUAACUCUAAGUGAAUGAGGAAGAUCU